AUGUCUUCACACAGGCAACACUAUGGGGAGGAAGGGAGAAUGUCCGCACGGCAGGUCGAGGAGCAGAAACCUGCAAUGGCAAUGCUAAAUGUUCAGCACGUUACAUAUACAAGUCCUUCCAUCCAGGAAUCUCAAGACGAACUACUGUAUGCAGAGGCAGAUGAAUCUUCAAUGAACUUUCGUCGAGCAAUGGUACUGGUCGCCAUGGGCUUUCUAUGGACAUCUUCUCAGAUGCCGCUGUACUUUUACGGCGGAAUCCAAAUCAACGUCCUCCAGUCCAUCGGCGGCUACGCCCAGUUCGUCUGGCUCGGCCUCUCAGGCCUGAUCCCCCUGGCAAUAGUUACACCCUUCGUCGGCGCCCUAUCCGACCUCUUCGGACGUCGCAACAUUGGUCUCACAGCUUUCGCCCUCAUCAUCUUUGGCAACAUCAUGUGCGCCACCGCGCAGCACAUGAACGUCUUCCUGGCCGGUACCAUCCUCAUCGCCGUUGGUGCGGGAAUAGGCGAACUGGUCGCGCUCGCUGUGACGGCGGACAUCGCACCGCCGAAGCACCGUGGAUUGUAUGUUGGCGCUGUCGUCUCGACGGUGCUGCCAUUUUGUCCUUCGACGUUGUAUGCGCAGUUGAUUGCCCAUGCUUCGACGUGGCGAUGGGUUGGGCUGUUGAUUGGGGGCUGGUCGUUUGUUGGUACCGUGCUGCUGGCGGUGUUCUACUGGCCACCUCCGACGAAGACACUGCAUACCCGAAGAGAGCUCUUCUUGAGAAUCGACUGGACCGGCGGGUUUCUGUCCACUGCGGCGAUCUGCCUCAUCCUUGUAGGACUCUCGUUGCCGACAUCUGGAUACAAGUGGUCGGACCACAGAACACUCGUAUCUCUGAUCUUGGGCAUCUUUUCGGCUUUCGCUUUCGCCAUCUGGGAAUGGCGCUUCGCUCGGUAUCCUAUGCUGCCAGCCCGACUCAAGGAGAAGAACCCACGGGUGCUGACCAUCGUGCUCCUCAUCAUGUUUGUCUCAGGAGCUAACUACUUCGCCGUACUGGCUUACUGGCCAAACCAGUACCAGAACGUCUACGCCGACGGCAGCCCCACAUCGGCUGGCAUUGGGAGCCUUCCCGUGAUGCUCGGCAUCAUCAGCGGCAGCAUUGUUGUUACCGCGCUCGUCUCUAUCCUCAAAGGCAGGAUUAGAAUGCUGCUUGUGGUGUCUUCAAUUGUUAUGGUGGCUUUCAACGGUGCCAUGGCUGCUGGGACGAAAGACAACCUACCGGCAAUGUGGGCGAUCUUAUGUGUGGCCUGCCUUGGGGUCGGAGCAACGCUGGUUCCUACGCAGGUGAUUGCUGGGAUCAUAUGUCCGGACGACUUGCUUGCGACUAUUACUGCCAUUACGAUCACAGUGCGCAUUUUGGGCGGGUGCCUUGCCUAUGCUGUUUACACGAAUAUCUUUGCAUCCAAGUUCGCCAGUGAAGCGGCGACAAAAAUUGUACCGACGUUACUCAGCUACGGCAUCACCGAUGCUCAAGAGAUGUCAAGGAUCGUGGAAGUCAUUCGAGGCGGUGGCUUUCAGUUGCUUGCUGACUACCCGGGCAUCGAAACGCAAGCACGAGUUGCAGAGAUCACUGCUGCAGGAAAGGAAGCACUGCUUCACAGCUAUCCUGUUGUUUACUAUGCCAGUGUUGGAUUUGGCGCUAUAGCUAUCAUCGCGAGCUUCUUCUUGACUGGUAUUGAGGAUCAGAUGACUGGAGAUGCUGCUGUGAAGAUUGGCUGA